AGAAAGAAAAGCCACAGACAAUCCGUCAGUCCGUCCGGCCUGCAAACUUUGGCCACCGCCAAAUUCGUCACCGGGAAUCCGUUCCAUGAACACAGACCGCGGCUGAGAUUCUUCCACGUUGUUGUCGAGGACUUUUUAAUAACUUUUGCACGAAAGCAAACGACGUCUGUCAACAUUAGCUUCGUUGUCGCGCGCUUGUUUUCCAGACAAACCCUCAGCGAACGACACUCGGUUACUCAUCGGAAUAUGUUUAUUUUGUGCGAAAAUGGUAACGAAAAAGUUUUGAGUCCGUUUACGCCGAGCUACUUUUAAGGGAUCGUCGUCAAAGUUGUGCAAGCCAGCAGAGGCCGCGGCUCGCUCCGACAUUCCCACACUUUUACUGCGCCACUUUAAGUGGAAUGGGACGCCUUGAAACCUCCAUGUUUGGAUCUUGAAACUGCGAGGGGCGCCCGAGCACCAUAUUGAAUCAAAGUUGCCAAACUUUGUGACAAAUGUGCCGCAAGUUGGGGCUUUCCGAGCAGCGACACCAGCGGCCGGCCUGUAAGCCUGGAAUGGAGGAGCUGUAGGCGGCGAGUGGCGAACCUCCGCUCGGCUUCAGCCUUCGUGAAUGCGGCGCAGGGUCGGCGCACAAAUCCUCAAGUUUGACGCGUGAGCACAGUUGGACGUCAUGGACAACCCGUCCUCGGUCAUCACGCAGGUCAGUCGGGAUGAAGAGGGAAAUAAAGCCGCGGACAGAGGGGACGUGGGUUCCACGUCCUCGCUGUCCACCAAGAAGCCUCGAAGUGGCGGCUUAUUUUCCAUCUUUUCCUGCUGCCUCUGCCGGGACCAGCCAGAACCCCCGUCAGUCAACAACAACACCCCCCUUUUAGUUGAGGAGAAUGGCACCAUCUCCAAGAUCCAGGUGAAACCGUUGUUGCCACCAGUCAAGUCCAAAGACGCCGGAAAGGUCUGCGUGGUUAUCGACCUGGAUGAGACACUAGUUCACAGCUCUUUUAAGCCUGUGAACAAUGCCGAUUUCAUUAUUCCUGUGGAAAUAGAUGGAACUGUACAUCAGGUGUAUGUCCUGAAGCGGCCUCAUGUAGAUGAGUUCCUCAAGAGGAUGGGAGAAAUGUUCGAAUGUGUCCUGUUCACUGCCAGUUUAGCCAAGUAUGCCGACCCCGUCUCUGACCUCCUGGACAAGUGGGGAGCCUUCCGCUGCCGGCUCUUUCGGGAGUCCUGCGUCUUCCACAGAGGAAAUUAUGUCAAGGAUCUCAGUCGCCUGGGCCGCGACCUUAACAAGGUCAUCAUAGUGGACAACUCCCCUGCGUCUUAUAUCUUCCAUCCCGACAACGCAGUGCCUGUGGCCUCUUGGUUCGAUGACAUGUCCGACACCGAGUUGUUGGACCUCAUUCCCUUCUUUGAGAGGCUGAGCAAAGUGGAUAAUGUCUACACUGUCCUUAAGCACCAAGGAGGGGCCACAAGCUAACAGAAUUCUAACAGAAUGGUGUGCAAACCUGUGUGCAUGCAAGCGCACACAUACACACACACACACUCACCCAAGUGAGACAACAGCUUUCACUGCCCACCCAAACUCAGACGGUCUUCCCAGGCUUCACCAAGUGAGGGGAGUCUUUGAUAGUGUUGGGGCUGCCACCGCCUGGUCAACCAGAAAACUGCUAUACAUUAACGUUCCCUUUCCUCGUCUCAAGAAGUGGUGGCUGCAUAUCAACAAAUGAGCAAAUGGUUAAGGACCCUUUACUCUGUCGUCGGCAUUGAACUCUUUGGACUCCUGAGAUUUAUUAGUUCACUUUUCACUGAUUAGCUGGUGUCCCGAAGGUGCCUUUUUAAAAUUUGCAUUCUUUUAGCCAAUCCACAUAAGACAAACCUGCCACAGCCCUUGAAACAACAACUGCUUUGUGGGUGUAGAUUUCGACGUCACCAAGGUCACAUUUCCUGCAUAAUAUUUUAUGUUUGACAGGCACGCUUUCAUCUUUCGAAAGUGAAACUUGAACUCUUCUGAGCAGCAUUGGAAGCGCAGAACGUGAGCACGUGGCUUGUUUGAGUUUUCUUUGUAUUGCUAAACGGUACACAUAGGCUGGAAACAAUCUCAUGCAGGGGGCAAAAAGUGUGUUAAUGUUGUCGAAAUUUAAAGAAGCAAUCUACCCCGCAAGACCUCUUGGUCAAUUCUGUCAUCUGAUUGUUUUGUGACCUUUCAGCGCAGCUACAAUUAUAUACUGUAUCUGCCUCAUCUGUCAGUGGAAAUCCAAAUGCAUUGUUUCAGGGUGGUAUUGUGAGAGACCAUUCAUGUCACUUGACAUGUAAGGUGAGUUUCUAGGAGCUGUGUGGCAUCCAACAAGCCUCUUGGACUGUUUUUAUCCCCUUUGUAUGCAAAUGAUAAACUCAUGCAGACACAGACGCAUCACUGUGGAUUGUUUUUUGCAGUAACUCCACAGGGAAAGAGCAGGGAUGACAAACCCAUCAUAUCUUUAUUUUUACAGUAUUGCUGUAUGUUUUUGAAGAUCCUCUCAAUCAAAUUACAUUUUCUUUUACUAAAUAAUUACUGAUUUAUUUCGUUCCUGGCCAAUAAGGUGUCUGUCCUCUGAUGCAUUUAGUUAUCGCCUUUUUGGCUAUUGGCUAUUUGACAUAAACGUUUCAGUGAUAUUGAACAUUAUAUCGAACUUGGCUAAGAAACACCAGCAAAUUACUAAAAUCUUACUUUUCUAGGCACAUAACUACAUUUUUUUUCUUUUUUCUUUUGGGUGUGCUUACACCAGGAGGCUUUUAUUUAUAGGGCUUUGCCAUUAAAACUAGUGUCACUCACUACAGGGCUGCCACUGUACCUCACGUUCAGUGGAUUUGUUCAUGUGUUUUGCACAACAAGAAAACAAGUCAUUAUUAAUAUAUGGAACAUCCAUGUUACUGUACUCAUGAUUUGAUAGAUGUAAUCUAAUUUUUGACCUGUUUUAUCAUGCCAUGUUAUACAAAAACUAUGUAACAAUGCCCUUUUCUCAUAAACGCUAAAUGAACAAUGA